AACAGAAUUCAAAUGGUUAAGAGCGUGGGUUUGGAUUCAAAGAAUCUGGUUUGGUCUUAGUUCCACCACCUGCUGUGUAGCCUUGAGCAAAUCACUUUAACUUUCAUAUAAUCCAGUUUCCUCAUUUGUGAAAUUGGGUAUGAUGAUAGUAGUAGUUGCCUCAUAUGGAGUUUGUGAUGAAAAUAAGACAGUGUAAGCCAACCUGUUAGUGCCUGGCACACAGUAACUAGCUAAUGAAUGUUGCCUGUUUUUUUUAAUAGCCAUUUCCGUAAAACUAUCCCAUUUUUCUUUAGUUUUCUAUAACACUUUACAGUGGAAGGUUUUGAUAUAUUCAGAAAUACAAAUCUGAAAUCAGUUGGCAUUUGCACUAUGAGUGAAAAAUGAAUUAGAGAAAAUCUUUGUGUCCUGUAGAAGGCAGACAUUUGCGAACCAUGACGGAUCCUUGGUGAUGUUGACCUGACAGUCGGCCGGGACAUAUUUAGUGAUCCCUAGCAUGAGAUUUCAUCUUAGUUUCUUCCCCACCACUCCCUUUUUUUUUUUUAAUCCCUCCCUUUCUCAUCUUUUUCUCCUUUGACAACAUAGCCUAAGAAUCAAACCUGUCAGUAACAAGCAUUGUCUUCCAGGGACAUCCAGAGAAAGCAUUACAGUGUCAGUGAUUACAUUUACUACCUGUGGAAGUACUGAUUUUAAAAGACACAUUGCCCUGAAGUUCAUGAGAAUCGUCCAUACCCUUUGCCUGCCAUUCUAAUCAUGCCAUUUAGAACAUGCAUUUUUAAGGAUUUCACAGACCCAUUAAUAUGCCAGCUACCCCCUCCCACAAAGAUAACACAAAAUUUGUGUAUCUGUGUAUAUAUUUAUAUUUUUUUCUGGUUUUCAAUAAUUCUACAAACAUUAAGCACAGAUCAUCUGCCAGGCAUUAGGCCAGAUACAGUGAAGAUAGUACAUGGUUUUCAUUAGAUCUUCAAAGAUCCUUGAUUUUCAUCAGGUUCUUAAAGAGGUUAAUAACCCAGAGCACCUUAGCACAGAUUGGUGCUUUCUGAUCUCAGUUUGAGUCACUCAAGGCUGGGGGUAAACUGGGUCUAGUCCUUGCUCUCCCUCAUCCUGACAUUUUCAGAAAUAUCCAGUCUCUAAGUCUGCUCACAGAAAGUUCCAGAAACAUGAAUGCCCACUGUGACUGUAUCCAAUCUCUUCAUUUUCUUCAUUGCGGGAAGCCAAGCCAGAAACAGAAAAAAGAGGGUGCAGAUAGUCCCCCCUGGCCUUUCCACCCCUGGUCCACACAGUCAGGAUGUGCUUAUUCCUACAGCCACUCACCCACUUACUCCUGUGAAAUGUGCAAAACUGACAUAAGGCCCUUUGGCUCUGGGCAUUUUUGCAACUUUUUUUUCCAAGUAAGCAUUUUGGAAAGAAUUGUUUUCAGGUAAAACUUUUUUUCUGAGAUGAUAUAAGUAGUUUGAAAAACAUUUUGCUUACUGAAAAACUGAAAAAUUUGAAAGACUUUAAAAAUAUUUAAAGGAUAUAGCUGUUGUGAGCAUAUAUACUUAUGUUUUAUAAGUACUAGCAAUUUUAACUAUAUGUGAUUUUCUAUUUAUGAAGGAAAAUGAAAGACUAUAUAAUCAAGUGAAAGAUCUCCAAGAACAAAACAAGAAAAAUGAGGAGCGAAUGUUCAAGGAAAACCAGAGUUUAUUCAGCGAGUUAGCUUCCUUAAAAGAGCAGAUGCACCAAAGUCAUUUCCUACCUCAAGUAGCUGAGACUUCAGAGCCUUCUGGAAACUGGAAUUUUACAGAUCUCUUAACAGAACUACGGGUGGCACAGAAAGAAAAAAUAAGUUCAUUAGAAGACAUCAAAAGACUGAAACAGGACAAACAAGCUCUUGAAGUAGACUUGGAAAAAAUGAAUAAGGAGAUCCAGGCCAAGGAUCAGAUUGCUUACGCCACAGGUGAAAAAUUAUAUGAAACAAAAAUUUUAGAAGAAACACAUAAAGAAGAAAUCAGUCUUCUGCAAAAAAGAUUAUAGUGGUUUGCUGAAAAUCAGGAACUUCUGGAUAGAGAUGCAGUUCGGCUUAAAGAAGCAAAUGAAGAAAUUGAGAAGCUCAGACUUGAGGUCAAGAAACUGAAAGCUGAAUCUGGAAAUCCUUCUCUUCAGCAGAAGAUACACUUGAAAGAUAGAGCAGCUGAUGCCAAAAAAAUUCAGGAUCUAGAGAGACAAGUUAAGGAAAUGGAAGGAAUUCUAAAGAGAAGAUAUCCCAAUUCUUUACCUGCUUUAAUAUUGGCUGCAUCAGCUGCUGGUGAUACAGUGGACAGAAAUACAGUAGAAUUUAUGGAAGAAAGGGUAAAAAUACUGGAAGCUGAUCUGGAGGGCAAAGAUGCCGGACGCUUUCACAGGCGUUUCGGUCCAUUCAGUUUUCGGUAUGAACAGAGACUAGAGGAGCAAGAGCUACUUGCCUCCAGAUUGAGGGUAGCACCUCAGAACCAGUGUGGGGACCCCUCCAAACUUAAAGCACCAGAGAAGGAACUCAGCGACAUGAAGGAAGCCCAUCAAGUCACUGUAAGAAACCUUGAAUCUGAGAUAGGCAUUCUUAAACAUCAGAAAGCUGAAUUGGAACUCAAAAGAAAAGAUGAAGAUGAUAAAGAUUUCCAGUCUAUAGAAUUCCAGGUGGAACAGGCUCAUGCCAAAGCUAAACUGAUGAGACUUAAUGAGGAGCUGGCUGCAAAGGGGAGAGAAAUAGAAGACCUUUCAAAAACUGUGGAGAGGCUUCAGAAGGAGAGAAGGACAAUGCUCUCUAGUCAUUCUGAGGGUAGAGAGGAAGCGACUACAAACAGGGUGAAGAAAGGCGUGCCACCCGCAGGGAAAGGGGACGCGCUCUCCUCCUCUGCAGCGCUGGGGGACAGACUUUACCAACCAGAUGCUUUUAUAGAUUCCCAUCUUCCAGAGGUUUUACAAGAAAACUGCAGAUUGAAAAGUGAACUGCAGAGAUUAACUGUAGAGAUGAAUGAGCUGCAGAUGAAAUCUGAUGUAGCAAUGAAUCAAUUAGAAGACUCCAUGAAAAGGAUCAAGGAAGAUGCUGCAGCAAUCACGUCUCUGAAAGCCUCUCAUCAGAGGGAAAUAGAGAAACUCCUUUGCCAAAAUGCAGUAGAAAAUUCUUCUUCUAAAGUAGCCGAAUUAAAUCGCAAACUAGCAACUCAAGAGGUACUUAUAAAGCAUUUCCAAAAUCAGGUUAAUGAGCUGCAGGGUAAACAGGAGUCUCUUGUAGUUUCUCAAGUUCGAGAAGAAAUUCUACAGAAAGAGAUAGCAAAACUCUUAGAGGAAUUGAGAGAAGCCAAAGAAAACCAUACACCAGAGAUGAAACAUCUCAUGGGCUUAGAAAAGAAAAUUAAACAGAUGGAAAUAAGACAUGAACAAAGAGAGCAGGAACUUCAACAGAUCAUACAGCAAACCCAGCAAGUAGUAGAAACCGAACAAAGCAAAGAAAUCGAGAAGUGGAAAAGAGUUGCCCAGUUGAAGAAUCGUGAGCUGGACAAGUUCCGCACAGAGCUGGACUCCGUAUUAGACGUCCUCCGAGAGCUGCACCGGCAGGGGGCGGGGGUCCCCGCUGCUUCGGCAGCCGCCCUGAGGGCACCAGAGUGUCACUAGAGACUCGCAGGGCCUCACAGGAGGACUUGGGAAUGGAUGGUGGAUGGGAUUGUGCCAAUUUCGAAGGAAGUUUUGAAAACAACAAGCAACUAACACAAAAGGAACAUUUCAAAACAAAUUGCCCUUAACCAAUAAGAAAAAAAUAGCACUAUGGUAUCUUACUGAAAAUCAUUAAACCAGUCACACUUUAAAUCAUUUAUGGACAGGUCCCUUUAUGUCCAUGCUUAGAACCAGUAAGGUUUAUUGACACAUGCUAAGGAAAGGAAAGCGCAGAUAUGCAGCCAUCAUUGACUAAAUGUUAUUCCCAAUUCUCCGUGACAGAAAAGCAGCUCCUCUUUCUCUUGGAAAUGGGGAGGAAUGUGAGCACGUGGCAUGCACAGUCACAUGGACGGUCCCCUGAGUAGCAGAGCUUCCAUGAUGACUUAACAAGACCUGUGACGUCCGCACAGGAAGCAGGUGAGCUCUCGUGUUUUCCCUCGGAGCUCCACUCCUGCCUCUAGUUGCCUCCCGUCUGUACUCGAUAUCAGGUGAAAAUGUAUUUUACGAGCACUAAGAGGAUUUGAUUUAUUCAUUGUUUUAAUCUUUUAUGCUGUGUGUCUUAAAUGCAGUCCUUGUCUGUAACUCUAAGAUUAUAAACAGAACAUAACAUUUUUACUUUCUCUACUUAAAAACUAAUAUACGUUCAUUAGAAAAAAGCAUGCA